AUGCCUGGAUGGGCAACGUCUCCGUGGUCGUUCCUUCACGAUUUCAGUAUAUACACUCAUUAUAUUCUAUGCCGCCCAUCAAUUGGAUUUUUAGAGGUUCUCCACUCCAUGAUCCUUGUGAGAUCCGUGAAUUAUCUGAUAAUCUGGGCGUCAAUUAUAUGUAGCAGUCCGAAAAUGGGCAGGCGACCGCACCGGAGUUUCCCGCUCAGGAUGGUGACGCUCCUUCCUUUUCCUAUGUUGAGGACGUUCUUGUCAAGACCUCUGCUACUUCUCCAUGAUGCACAAUCCAAGGAAGAGCCAUCGACGCCCGAGCGUCCAAAUGCCGGGCUUGCAACAGAAUCGCGGACAGAAAGUCCACUAGUGUCCGACAUCCUGAAAGCUAGACUCCCUGGCUCUCAAGAACGAGAGCCUCUUUCAUCAUACGACCUAGACCUUGUCAAGAAACGCAUUCGUGAAUGGACGGAACAGGCUUCCAUUGCUAUCCGUAAUCGAGCGGAUGACUUCACGGUGAAUACAAAGACGACAUUUUCUCAGCUUGGGGCGCAUCUCAACAAGGUGACGGGCUAUGAAGAGAUAGAAGCUUUGAAGCGGGGUGUUGUCGAGCAAGAGGAACGUAUUAACGCGGUCAGACAGGCGGCGCGGAAGGCCAAAAGUGCAUAUGAAGAGGCUGUCGUCCAGCGCUCCAACUCACAGCGUGAAGUGAACGAUCUUCUCCAGCGGAAAUCAAUGUGGACCGACGGCGAUGUCGGCCGGUUCACGUCGCUCGUCAGGCAGGACCACCUAUACGAGCAGGAGGAGGCGCGAGCGAAAGCAGCCGUCGACGAGACUGAAGAUGCGGUGGAGAAGGAAUUCAGCCGGCUCAUGCGCACGAUUCUCGCCCGCUACCACGAAGAGCAAGUCUGGUCUGACAAGAUUCGGAGCGCGUCGACGUAUGGUUCACUGGCGGCGCUUGGGCUCAACCUGUUCGUCUUCAUCCUGGCGAUCGUCAUUGUCGAGCCAUGGAAGCGACGGCGUCUAGCACAGACGUUCGAGCGGAAGAUAGAGGAGCUUAGCGAGGAGAACGGGGCACGGCUGGACGCAAGUAUGAAGAGCAUCGGCAGUCAAAUCGUCAGGCAGGAAGCCCUUCUUGAAGAUCUCAAGGGCGAGCUCUCGAAGCAGCUCGCGCUGCUAUCAGUCUCCGACGCGGCACAUACUGUAAACGGGAAGGGUAACGGGACCCUCGAUGAGCCAUCAAUGGGUGAAGAGGUGGAAAGCGUGCAGCCUGGCGCAGACACUGCGACAGGGGAGUCGAGACCUUCAAGACGGCAGCUGGAGAUCGCAGCUGUAGGAGCCGCGGCUGCACUCUGUCCAGAAGGCCGUGAGGAGUCAUUCCACGAGACGUAG